AUGGACGAGGACGGUAAUGCCAGCCCAAAUGCCAGCCCAACCUCCAAGUCGGCUAGCGGUUGGAAUCAGACCCCAACCUCAGGAGUUGGGGAUGCCCAGCGGCGAUCCCCCGUGGAUCAGGAAAUCACCGAGUGCCAUUUGAAUGCAAGUCGUUAUACCUCUACCAGCAAUCCAUUCGAGGUGGUAGAUGAUUCGCAGCAGACGGCUCAGAAACAUCUUUCGGAGACAGACGCCCCAGCGGCCGUGCUUGCUACGAAAGCACAGUUGAGCAGUCCGGCAUCCCCGACGCUGGAUGUCCUCUCAUCCUGUACCCAGUACCGCAGCUCAUCCGCAGACCCUAAGACUUCAGCACAUCCAGGAUUGACCGCUCAGCCACCCACAGAGUCUCUCCACCGUGAAGCUUAUGGAACAGGCCCUGCAACGAAGAGCAAUUCUUUCUCGCCUUCAACGGCAUUUUUGGACAGCGUUCAAGAGGAGAAGCCAACACAGACUCCAAUCUUGGCCCAACCAGCCACCCAGCCACCACGGCCCUCAUCUUCUCCCCGAAAUGACCCCGCAGAUGGGAUAUCUGAUGUUGGUGCCCGGGACAACUGCAGCUCCGAACCAUCGAGCGAGGACGGUGUGCGCGACUCGGAAGACCAUCAGACCAGCCGAAGUCUAGCAUUCACUUCUGGCUUGCACCCUUCUGGCUUGCACCACUCGAUUUUACCGCAGCAACAACAUAAGGCGUCAGAGGGUGCGAUCUCGCGAAGCAUGAGGCCAUCGUCUCCAUUCAUCGCCGAUGCAGGCAGCGCUGAAAUCACACAAGAAGCUUCGGAGAAUUUCCCCGGAUUGCGUUCGCCCACGAUAUCUCCCCAUGGAAUGGACGACUCUCAUCUCGCGCCGGAAGAUUUCUUCCGAGACGGCCACCACCGAGUGCUCGACAAGGACAUUGAGGAAGCCGGAAACGAUCAGCAAAACGACCAGACUCCCAUUAACCAAAUGGAGGAAGAGGAGACCCUCAAUAGUGAUAAUCAUAAUGAUGACGAUGAUUUGUCGCUGAUAACGAGGAUCGAAGGCAGCUACAUGUUCGCCAUUGUCUGGUAUUGCCUGUUUCCGUUCUGGGCCACAUUCUACUGGCACUUCUGGUACGCCAGCCGUCAGAGGCUUGUGUAUGUCCGCGUCCGAAAGACUCGAGCUCUCAGCCAGGACAAAAUAGUCGAGAAUCCUUACGAUAUCCCUCUCGAACAGAUUGAAGAAAGUGUUCUUCUGAAUGAUGCGCAUCGAAAGGCCUGCUUGCAAGCCCUGGACGAGCUCCUGACCACACGUUGGUGGAUUCGAGAGAGCUGUCUACUCCUUCUAGCUUUCAUCUCGACUGUUGCGCUAAUAUCAGCUUUCUGGACCAUCGUCGCUGGCGUCUGGCCUUGUCGGUGCUGGUACCAAGAGAUUGCUGGUGUGAUGCUGAUCAACAGGAGUAUCGCCAGCGAUAACCUCUGUCUUGACACAGCUAGCCACUGUAGACAGCUAUUGAACGGCACAAAGCUCUUGGAUGGCGAAAGUGCAUGCGCGAAAGUCGAAAUGGUGUGGUCUCUUCUCACGCUUGACCACAACCUACUGGGAUUGCCUCGAGCAUUCAGCACAGUCUACACGAGUGUCUAUACGGACUAUUGUGUAGAUGUCCCCGACCCACGCUCCGGAGACGACUUCGAAUCGAACUGGGAGCGCUCUACUAAUAAUCCACUGCAGGUUCUGUCUGAAAGUUACACUCGGACGCUGGAAAGGAUUCAUCAGGGCGAGAAUCUAUGGUCUAGCAAUACCAGUCUGGAGAAGCAGAUCGUCGACCUUGUUACCGCCGCCAGAAGCCAGACCUCUCCAAUGAGCCUGACUUGGCCUGUCGGACACGGCCACAUUCCAUACACGGCCCCAACCUCCCAGUAUGGAUCACACUGCGGCGAAGGUUUCGAGCUCUUCGGUCUGAUCGGCAAAGCGAUGCGACCCAUGUUUGUUUUCUUAUUUCCUGCUGCAGCAGGAGCGGCAGGGAUGAGCCCUACACCGACAUUGCCGACGGAUGUAGCGCCCGUGGGCCUAUGGGAUUGCUGUUCGGAGUGUGUUCUGAAAGCUCUGGACAUCGUCGUUGACUUGGAGAGGGCAAGAUAUAUUGAUCUACUCCAGGUAGAGGAGGACGACACAGACAGGGCCGAGCAAGACGGCCCUUCUGAGAUGAAGAUGAAGUAUUGUCCGCGCUGUGGUGAGUGCGCAUCCAAUGUUCUUCAAUUCAGGCUUCGAGCUAACCUGCCAGUAGCCCAAUAUCACGUACAUGAUUCUCCUUUUGGUGACGGAGUCCAUGAACCAUAA